UACACAUCUUGUGUUUAUUAUUACAUGUGUUCAAUAUCAUUUAUCAUCAUUUUGUUUAUCAUGUGACGGAUGGAAUAUGGUGGAGGUAAACAUGUUUGCGACCGCUCAACUCUCUCCUAACAUGGGACAGUGGUGUAACAACACAACAUAAGAACAAACUGUAAAACACAGUUGGAAAUGGCGUGAUUCAUCAGAUCAACACAAGGGCAAAAACAACUAACAACAAGAAAAAAGACACAAAGUACACAUAUAACAACAAUCGCAGGACGAGAAUUGAAUUUUACGACAAAGAUGGUAAUUUCAGGGAAUGUAGUGGUCAUUUUAUGUGAAAACUUCCAUACUUAUUGAGGAAGAAAUUACUUCUGGUAAAUAUGGGACAACGUUGGUCCAGCUCCGAGGGAGUAACAUGUUCUAAAGAUACAGCGUUAAAGACAGCCUGGCAAAUUUCAGACAGCGAUAAAUUCGAUCAGAAAAUUAUUAUGAAAAUACAGACAGAAACGAAACAAUUUGGUGAAGUAGUUGAUCGAUGGACAAGACAUACUGAACUAACAGCAUUAACAAUCGCUUGUUUGAACAAUGAUGUUAAACUUGUUAAAAAAUUGAUAAAGAAAGGUGCAGAUGUUAACUUAGUUGCCAGAGGAGAUCAGCAUACAAAUUAUGAAAACAGUGUGCCACCCAUAUUCUAUGCUGCAAACAACAGUAGCGUUGAUAUUGUAAAACUUCUGAUUGAUGCAGGGGUGGACAUUAACAGAUUCCAGGGACUUCCACAGUGUAUCAAUUUACAGAAACCACCUGACACACGUGCAAUUAUUGGUCCAAAUCGGUUUCAGUAUUUUGGAUUUACAAGACAUUCCAGUGGUCCUCAAAUGUUUUUAAAAGUACUCGAGCAGUAUUUAAAUGCUGGCGUGAAACUUAAUAGUACAUCUUGGGGACCAUGUCUCUUUUUAGGACGAGGUAAGGUUUAUGAGGCAAAUCGUCCAACGACCUUACACAUAUCCGGACCGUGGUUUAUUUGUACUACAGCAAUAAUUUUACUACAACAUGGAGUGGAUCCGAACUUGUAUAAAUUUGUAGACGUUUUACGUCAACAAGGGGAACACUGCAUGUUCUCUCGACAAAAUGAUUACUGUAUUGAUGACAAGACAUUUGUGGCAACAUUUUUGGCUGCUGGGUAUGAUCUAACCGUAUCUGAUAUGUAUAGCUAUGAAAACGAUUACUUUAAACAUGAAACUGACUAUCACAUAGUGAACGAUUUUGGAAGACCGCCAAGUUUAAAGCGUCUUGUUCGAGCACUAAUUCGGAAACACAUCAGAUCCGUUAAUAUGGACACAUCUGUAUUCCCGGUAAUCGACAAGCUUACACUUCCUACGAUUCUUAAAGAUUUUUUAAAACUGUAUGACGUUAGUCCUGCAGAUAUGUCGUCGAUUGUUUGCAACCAACACAGACGAUAAUUACUGUACAGUAAAGUGUAUAAAAGUGUUUCUUUCCUUGAAAUUCUUCAGAGCCUCACUUUCGAUCAUUUUUAGUUCAACCUGUCACUCAAGAAUGUAUAUGAUCCCAUGAAUUUGCACAACACACGACGAAUAUUUUACCUGAUUCGCGGAAGCACGAUAAUUAAAAAUUGAACGAAAUUACCUUUUAGCUUUAUGUAACCAAACUGUGUACAGUUCUCUUAACUGUUGCCUGCCUCGGUGGUCUCGUGGUAGCGUUUGCCUCGAGUGCGAGAGGUCGUGGGUUCGAACCACGGCCGGGUCAAAACCAAACACUUUAGAAUUGGUAUUUGCUGCUUCUCCGCUUAACAUGCGGCAUUAAGAAGUAAGAGCCAAGACUGCUAGGAAUAAUGUGUCCGUGUAAGGUGACAUGUCUUCCUUUGGACUGUUUUCUUGUCAUCAUCAUCAUCCUAAUUUUCAUCCUUAUCUUCCUCCUCCUCCUCCUCAUCAUCAUCAUUGCAUUAUUCAUCAUUGUAUCAUUCAGCGUUGCACCAUUUCAAUAUUCCAUUUGCAUCUGAACAAUAAUCUGUGCAGGAUUCAUUCAGAACCUUCUAAAAGACAAAAAGAAAAACACCUUACGAAAUUCUUUAAUUUUACUUUCAGAUAUAUUGAUGAUGUCCUAUCACUGCAUAACCCAUAUUUCAGUCAGUACUUGCAUCUCAUAUAUCCCAGUGAACUUGAAAUUAAGGAUUCUACUGAUACUAGAAGGACUGCUUCAUACCUUGAUCUUUUCCUCAAUUUUGACACAGACGGACGAUUCAGACUAAAAUCUAUGACAAACGGGAUGAUUUCAACUUCCCAGAUAUUAAUUUCCCAUUUCUCAGCAAUAACAUACCCUCUGUCCCGUCGUAUGGUGUUUACAUAUCUCAAUUGGUACGUUAUGCUUGUGCAUGUUCACACUAUACGCAGAAACUGAUUCAACAGAGUUAUGAGAAGGAAAGAUUAAAAAUGACAGUCCGUAAAUUUUAUGGACACAAUCACAAAUUGGUUGAUCUAUACGAUGUGUCUGUGUCUAAACUAACUAACGACAUUUUUACCACGUCUUAGAUUGUGGUUAACCAUCUAUGUCGUCUUGUCUGCUUAUUACCGAAUGUGACCUAUUCCUGAAUAUGACUGUUUUGUCGAGUGUGAAUUGGCAUUGCUAUACGACGUGUCUCGGUAUUAAUAUAUCUAACAUUCAUGUAUUUAGUAUUUUGUUAUGUCUUAUGUUCGCUGUUGGAGACGACGUGGUUCGGUAUUUAUAUAUCCCACUUUCGGGCAUUUUGUUGUUACUUUCUUAUUCGUUGGGUCAUUUUGUGCUGGGUUGUUGUCUGUUUAUUUCGUUUGUGGUUUUAAUUCUGUAUUUUCGGUACAUUUCAUAUAUGUCUUAUUUGUCAGUAUAGCCGAGUUACUCGUGGUUCGUCUACAGGGUUUUUGUUUUAUGUUGUUUGUUUUCGUGUGUGUUUACUGUUUUGUCUUACAUGAUCUUGCCUUAUAUUGCAGUUAUUUUUUUUUUAUUUCUAUAUGUAUGUAAAAGUUAAGAUUAAAAAUCAGCUACUUCAUUUAUAAGAUUUAAAGUUUAAAGCAACAAUA